AUGGGAUUUAAUCCUGAAACAGGAAUAUGUGACCAUUUUAAAAUACCUCUGAUUCACAUAUUCAACAAAAGUGAGAUCAUGAUUAAGGACAGUCCUUAUCACACCAUUAUCGAAAAUCGCGGGAACGUCAUUUUACUGGGCGAUUCAAUUGGUGACAUACAUAUGUCCGACGGAAUUCAACACGAGACUUGUUUAACUAUCGGAUUCUUAAAUCAUAUGGUUGAAGAUUUAAUAAAUAUCUAUUUAGAAGCGUUCGAUAUUGUUGUAGUCGAUGAUGGACCAAUGGAUAUAGUAAAUAAUAUCCUAGAUGCUUGUUCUAAAGACUCAUAUUAG